ACAUAUAUGUUUCAAUUAGUUGUAUAUCCUCCCCCCACGCCAGCCCCACCCACUCCAUCUCUUGUUUUGUGUUACAAUUAGUCAAUAGUCUUCUUCAAGUAAAGGGUCGCUGUUUAUCCUCAGAAAAAUAAAUUCGUUGGUCAAUUUUAUUGCCAUGGCCCAAGAUGGACUUUCGAGAUCACUUUCAAAUUCACCACCAACACAUUAUUCUCUAAAAAUAGAGUCAUUCUCGAUGCUGACUAAAAAUUCAGUGGAUACAUAUGAAUCUGGGGAGUUUGGUGCUGGAGGAUACAAAUGGAAACUGGUGGUGUACCGAAAUGGAAACACAAAGAAGAAUGUAGAAGACCACAUCUCUGUCUACUUAAAAAUGGCCGAAGCAAAUUCACUUCAGACUGGUUGGGAAGUAUCUGUUGAUUUUAGAUUGUUUUUGCUUGAUCAGAAUAAGGGAAUCUACUCGGUUCUUCAGGAUGCUAAUAUGAACAAGAUGUGCUUGCACGGGGCGAUGCUCCAAGUGGGUUUCGAUAGAGUUAUCCCUCUGAAAGAAUUUUCUGUUGCUUCCAAUGGCUAUCUCAUUGAUGAUGCUUGUGUUUUGGGAGCCGAGGUCUUCGUUCUUAAAGAAAGAAGAGCGGGUAAGGUAGAGUGCCUGUCAAGGAACAAGAGUGCUUUUAUGAAGAAGCAUUGUUGGAAGAUUGAGAGUUUUUCAAUGUUAAAAUCCGAAUUCUUGCAAUCAGAACCAUUCACUGCAGGAGGGCAGACAUGGGUGAUAAAGCUCUAUCCCAAGGGAGAUGCAAUUGGAAAGAAUACUCAUGUUUCUAUUUUCUUAAGAUUGGUUCAUCCAGAAAAGCUAUCUCCUGGCUCCCAAUUACUUACAGAGUAUACUCUGCGCAUCGUAGAUCAAUUGAACGGCAAGCAUAUGAGUCGGAAAUCGGAUUAUGCCUGGUUCAGUACCAUGGUGGGUUGGGGUUGGUCUAGAUUCAUUGACUUGGGCAGUUUCAAAAUGUCAAACAAUGGUUAUUUGUUGAAGAAUACUUGCUUGGUCGAGGCCGAGGUCACUGUCCAUGGAAUUGCCAAAGCAUUAGAGCCAGCUAAAGCUUAAAAUACUCGUAACAUACCUGGUAUGCUAGAUUUGGAGAUUGGAAGAUGAAGAAGAUGUGGGGGAAUUGGAGGAAGAAAGCAAAUCUAAAGUUGGAAGAUGGUAUUGUCAUGAGCGACUUUGUUGUAAAUUAUGUGCGUUCUACUAAAGAAUGAUUGUAAUAAAUAUAAUUUUUAAUUUUUUUUAAUAAAAA